CCCCUCAUUGUCAGUCUUGGGAGCCGGAGGAGGCGCCGGCCGCCGGGAGCCGAGCGCCGGAGCCCUUGGCGGGCGGGAGCGCGGGCCGUAGCCGCCGAGGUCAAGAGGCAACUGCCAUUAAAAGAUAGUGAGUGACUGUUGCCAAGACAACAAGCAUCAGGGGAGCAGCCAGAAGCAUUGACAGAAAGCUUAAAUUACCUAAAUGACUGAUAAUGGUCUCGAGCUGCCAAAGAAGGUUGUGGAUGCCAAGAGAAAGGUAACCGUUUCUCAUCCCCUCGAGUGGAAUUGGGUGCCUCUAGGAGCCCACAUUGGCUGGCAGUAGACAUGGCUGAAUUUACAAGCUACAAGGAUACUGCUUCCAGCCGCCACCUGCGGUUUAAGUUACAGAGUCUAAGCCGCCGUCUUGAUGAGUUGGAGGAAGCCACAAAAAACCUCCAGAAAGCAGAGGAUGAGCUCCUGGAUCUCCAGGACAAGGUGAUUCAGGCAGAAGGCAGCAACUCCAGCAUGUUGGCUGAGAUUGAAGUGCUGCGUCAGCGAGUGCUGAGAAUCGAAGGCAAGGAUGAGGAAAUCAAGAGAGCAGAGGAUCUCUGUCAGCAGAUGAAGGAGAAACUUGAAGAGGAGGAAAACCUCACCCGGGAGCUGAAAUCUGAGGUUGAGCAGCUUCAGAAACGAAUGGCUGAACUGGAGAAGCUAGAGGAGGCCUUUAGCAGGAGUAAGAGUGACUGCACCCAACUGUGUUUGAGCCUGAAUGAGGAGAGAAACCUGACGAAGAAAAUCUCCUCUGAGCUGGAAAUGCUCAGGGUCAAAGUGAAAGAACUAGAAUCUUCUGAGGACCGGCUGGACAAAACUGAGCAGAGUUUAGUGUCAGAGUUAGAAAAGCUGAAAUCACUAACUCUGACCUUUGUAAGUGAGAGAAAAUACUUGAAUGAAAAGGAGAAGGAAAACGAGAAACUGAUAAAAGAGCUCACUCAGAAAUUGGAGCAGAACAAAAAAAUGAACCGAGAUUAUACAAGGAAUGCUUCUAACCUUCUGGAAAGGAAUGACCUACGAAUUGAGGAUGGUAUCUCUUCCACACUGCCAUCCAAAGAAUCAAGAAGGAAGGGAACUCUGGACUAUCUAAAGCAGGUAGAGAAUGAAACAAGAAACAAAUCAGAAAAUGAAAAGAACCGAAAUCAGGAAGACAACAAAGUAAAAGACCUUAACCAAGAGAUUGAGAAACUUAAGACACAAAUCAAACAUUUUGAAUCUUUGGAGGAAGAGCUUAAGAAAAUGAGGGCCAAAAAUAAUGACCUUCAGGAUAAUUACCUAAGUGAACAAAAUAAAAACAAACUCUUAGUCAGCCAGCUGGAGGAGAUAAAGCUACAAAUCAAGAAACAGAAAGAAUUAGAGAACGGGGAGGUAGAAGGGGAAGAUGCUUUCCUGUCCAGCAAAGGCAGGCACGAGAGGACUAAGUUUAGAGGGCAAGGGAAUGAGGCACCUGUGUCCAAGCAGACACCCCGGGAACUGUCCCCUCAGCAUAAGCGGGAAAGGCACCGAAACAGGGAAUUUGUUCUCAACAAUGAAAACUGUCCUCUGAGCAACAGGCAGGUUUCCUCUCCCAGCUUUACCAACAGGAGGGCAGCCAAAGCUUCCAACACAGGGGCAGGUGCAGACAGUGGGACUCAGGAGACAAAGAGAACUGAAGAUCGAUUCGCAUCUGGCUCCGCUCAGAGUGAAGGGAAGAAGUCCAGGGAACAGCCGUCAGUGCUGAGCCGCUACCCGCCAGCUGCUCAGGAGCACAGUAAAGUUUGGAAGGGCACUCCCAAGCCAGGUGCUGAGAGUGGGCUGAAGGGGAAAGUAGAGAAGACGACACGAACAUUUAGUGAUACCACCCAUGGAUCUGUUCCCAAUGACAUAUCAGGGAGAGGUGACAAGGCUUCUGACACCUCCACCGAGGCCCUCUUUGGCAAGAGGGGGCAGGUGCCUGGCAAUGGAAGUCAAAUAACUCAGGCUGCAGACUCUGGCAGUUCUAAGGCCAUGGGAGCUCUGGUAACACCUAGAAGAUCUUCCUCAGAAGGGCUCUCUAAGGGGAAAAAGGCUGCCAACGGCCCAGAGGCUGAUACCAGUUUCCCAAAUUCCAAGGCUUCACCUUUAUCAAAGUAUCCUUAUAGCUCCAGAAGCCAAGAGAACAUCCUUCAGGGCUUUUCAACCCCAAAUAAAGAAGGAGUUGAUCAACCCAUAGCAGUUGUGAUGGAAGACAGUAGUCAGCAUGAGGCCCUGAGGUGUCGAGUCAUCAAAUCCAGUGGCAGAGAGAAGCCAGACUCAGAUGACGAUAUGGACAUGGUGUCUCUUGUUACUGCCAAAUUGGUAAACACAACCAUUACUCCAGAGCCCAAGCAACAGCCCAACUCUAGAGAAAAGGCCAAAUCCCGAGGGGGACUUAGAACCUCCCUCUUUGAGAAUGAUAAAGAUGUGGGAACAGAAAAUGAAUCUGGGAAAACUGUCAGAGCCUCCACCAAUGCCGUGGAGCUCCCAGAGGCCAAUGGUGCCGGGGUAAAAAGCCAGCGGCCCUUCAGCCCCAGAGAGGCCUUGCGAUCUAGAGCCAUCAUCAAACCUGUCAUCAUUGAUAAGGAUGUGAAAAAAGUCAUGGGAGGAUCCGGAACCGAGGCCACAUUGGCAAAACAGAAGUCUGCUUCCAAACCAGGGCCAAACAAAGUGACAAGCAGUAUAACUAUCUACCCCUCUGACAGCAGCAGCCCGAGAGCCGCUCUAGGCGAGGCCCUGCGGGAGAGGCACACGUCCACCAGCAACAUCCAGGUUGGGCCACCAGAGCUCACGUCGGUUAGUAACCAUGUCAGCUCCCCCUUUGAGCUCUCCAUUCACAAACAUGACAUCACCCUGCAGUUCACAGAAGCUGAAAGAAUGGGAGAUGGGGCCCCGAAGAACAGGCCAGAAACGGUAGUCUCUCGGAGCAGCAUUAUAAUCAAGCCAUCAGAUCCUGUGGAGAGGAACAGCCAUGCACCCACAGCGGAGACAAUCAGAUGGAAAAGCCAUAGUGGCCCUUUAGAAGUGGGCUCUUCAGAUGCCAGACACGUUACUGUGAGAAACGCCUGGAAGAGUAGGCGAGACUUGAACUCUUUAGAAGACCCCCCAACUCGAAUAGGUAAAAAUGUGGAAUCUACCAACACCUACAUCCAGAGAUCUUCCACAGACUAUUCAGACCUUGAAGGGCCCAGCUCAUACCUUUUGGAGCAGGGCACCCGAAGGGUAGGCAACUCAGGGGAUGCCCCCGAGCUCUCCUCCAGAAGGACCCAAAGCAGCCUCACCGUGUCAGAGGUGCUCACUCGUCGGAAUCGGGUAGGAGAUGCCGUCACGGCUGAAGCCUGGAACCACUUGGCAGGCAUGGAGGAAGGUGACGACUGCACACUCAGUGUCUACAGGCGACUGCACAACUCCCUCGAAAGGUCUGAACUGUCUGCAAAGCCGGGGUUGCCCGAGCCUGGGCGACCCCGGGCUGAGGAACGGUUACGGCCAAACAGGCCCUGUGCUGAGGAAAACUGA